GGGUGUGUGUGUGUGUGUGUAUGAAGAAGUGGGUGGAGAGAGAGUAGGGAUAAGUGUGUGAGAGGUUGUUGGGGUGUGUGUGGGUGUAUGUGAGUGUGUGUGUGUGUGUGUGUGUGUGUAUGUGUAAGACUGUGAAACUUCAUUCUCUCCAUCUCUUCAUUCCCUGCUGGUCUCUGCUGCUCAUCCAAAGCAAUGCUCUCUCUCCCUCUCUCUCUCUUUUUCCUCCUCUUCGUCCAUCUCUCUGUCCAGCAGUUUCCGCGCUUCUGUGCCACUCCAGAGGCCCUGACCUCCAGGAGCUGCUGCCCGCCGUGGCCGGGUGACGGCUCUGCCUGCGGUGCCAACUCAGGUCGAGGAUUCUGUCAGGAUGUGGUGGUUUCAGACCUGCCGGACGGCCCGCAGUACCCUCACUCUGGACUGGACGACCGGGAACGAUGGCCUCUGGCCUUUUUUAAUCGGACGUGCCAGUGUGCUGGAAACUUCAUGGGCUACAACUGCAAUGAGUGUAAAUUCGGCUACUACGGUCCGACCUGUGCAGAAAGGCGAGAGUCUGUGCGCAGAAACAUCUUUAGCUUAUCUGCUGCAGAAAAGCAGACAUUCAUUUCCUACCUGAACUUGGCUAAGAACACCAUCAGCCCAGAGUACGUCAUUGCCACCUCGACCCGAGCUCAAAUGAACGGCGUCAACGGCACAGUCAACCCCCUGUUUGCGAACGUCAGCAUAUACGACCUGUUCGUGUGGAUGCACUACUACGUGUCCCGGGACACGCUUCUCGGCGGGCCGGGAAACAUUUGGCAAGACGUCGAUUUCGCCCAUGAAGCUUCAGCCUUCCUGCCCUGGCAUCGAUUCUUCCUGCUCUUCUGGGAGCACGAGAUCCGCAAGCUGACCGGAGACUUCAACUUCACCAUCCCCUACUGGGACUGGCGCGACGCCAGAGACUGCCAGGUCUGCACAGACGAGCUCAUGGGGGGGCAAAGCUCUCUGGACCCGAACUUCAUCAGCCCAGCGUCCAUCUUCUCAUCAUGGAAGGUGAUCUGUACCCUGCCUGAGAUAUACAACGCUGAGGAGACACUGUGUGAUGGGGUAGGCGAGGGUCCACUGUUCCGUAACCCGGGCAACCACGACCCAAACCGGGUCCGCCGCCUGCCCACCUCCGCCGACGUGGAGUUUGUUCUGGGACUGAGCGACUACGAGACCGGGUCACUGGAUCGCCGGGCUAACAUGAGCUUCAGGAACGCUCUGGAGGGUUUUGCGAGUCCGGAAACUGGUAUGGCAGUGCCGGGUCAGAGCACGAUGCACAACGCCAUCCACGUGUUCAUGAACGGCUCCAUGUCUUCAGUACAGGGAUCUGCUAACGACCCCAUAUUCCUACUGCACCACGCCUUCAUUGACAGCAUAUUUGAGCGCUGGUUGAGGAAGCAUCAGCCGCCCCGCUCUCACUACCCAACAAGCAACGCACCCAUCGGCCACAAUGACGGAUACUACAUGGUGCCCUUCAUCCCCCUUAACAAGAACGGAGAAUACUUUCUGGGAACAAAGGCUCUGGGAUACGAGUACGCCUACCUGCUGGACCCCAGUCAGCGCUUCAUGCAGGAGUUCCUGACCCCGUACCUGCAGCAUGUGCAGCAGAUCUGGCCGUGGUUGGUGGGGGCCGGCGUGCUGGGGGGAGUGCUCGCCGCUAUCAUUACCAGCCUCAUCAUCUUCACCUGCUACAGAGGGUCGAAGAACCAAAAACGCUCUGCCUACGGAGAGAGAAGACCCCUACUGCACAGCAGCGACGAGGAGGCCACUGCGUCCUACCAGACUACACUAUAAAACACACACACACACACACACACACAUAUGUAUAUAUACACACAUACAUAUACAUAAACACACUCAUUAAACACACACACACACACACACACACACACACGUGUCAGGGAGUUCAGCCAAAGCUGCAGGACGCCAGGCCGCUCCGAGUUGAGGCCGUCCAGAAGAGGUCACGUGACCCCCAGGCCCACAGAGAGCCUGUCCAGCCCAAACUCCACGCAGCCAAUGAGAACACAGAACUGGUGCUUUUACAUUUAUUCUGUUCCUCUGAACUCAAACUGCUGUGGAAGAUGAUUAUUAAUAUAUAAACUCAUUAAAUAUCUGUAUGUUUGAGUCUGA